CAUGUCUUGUAAGGAUUUAUGUCACCCCCUCGAAUAAUUCACUUGGUAUAUGAUCAACAUCAACCAGAAGUUCACAAAGUUGUCGUGAAAGGCAUCAAACUUUCAUAAUUAACGCAGACGUCAUCACGCAGAGCUGCACCCUCGCGUGUUGCUUUCAAAUGCUCCUCGGUUGUUUUGUAAUCCCAGUUAGUGAAUACUUCCCCGGGAACAUUGAAAGACCCACCCAGCUUGCUAUCUUACGUAGUUGUUGAAUUGAGAUUAUUGUUGUUUAACAGGGACUUCCAAGUAGUGUUGUCGUAAGGAAAGAACGAAAAAAAGAGAAGGAAUGUCAAGGAAUUAUAAUUCGGGUGUAUGCACAUAACAACGGCAAUUAAACGUCGCAUCCCAGAGUAGUUCCUGGUUGUCGGAUAUGUGGGGCUGUGUUUACAUUGGCCUACGGUAUUUUAUUUACAUCAUUUCGACUUUCCAUUUACGAUGUAUGCGACACACUAGAAUGACGUAAGUCAGUGAGAAAUCAGAAAAGGUUUGUUUCAUUGUGCAUUCGCACAAGAACAUGUUUCCACGUGACUUUGCUUGGGGAGCGGGAACAGCCGCUUAUCAAAUAGAAGGUGGCUGGCAGGCGGACGGCAAGGGCCCGAGUAUCUGGGACACAUUUAGCCACGAGAAAGGCAGAGUGUUCGGGGACCAGAACGGAGACGUGGCCUGUAACAGCUACGAGCUGUGGGAGAAAGACCUGGAGUGUAUCCAGCAGCUGGGACUGACGCACUAUCGCCUGUCCGUCUCCUGGGCUCGCCUCCUGCCCGAUGGGACCACACGGCACGUCAAUCAGAAAGGUGUACAGUACUACAGCAAAGUUAUUGACGAUUUGCUGGCGUGUAAUGUGUCACCUAUGGUCACCCUUUACCACUUUGACCUGCCCCAAGCUCUGCAAAACGAAGGGGGUUGGACGUCCCCAGGUAUAGCAGCCCACUUUGACAACUACGCCAAGUUUUGCUUCCAAGCAUUUGGGGACCGCGUCAAACUUUGGAUCACGAUCAACGAACCGCAAGUGUGCGCCAAACUGGGGCAUGAAGAUGGCAUCCAUGCCCCGGGGUUAAAAGAAAAAGGCACCGCCGCCUACCUGGCGGGGCACAACAUGCUGCGCGCCCACGCCAUGGCCUGGAGCAGCUACGACUCCGUGUACAGGCCAAAGCAGAAGGGCGCAGUGUCUUUGGCCAUCAACAGCGACUGGUUCGAGCCUUUACACCCCGGUUCCGGGGAGGAUAUGAAGGCCGCCGAACGUGACCUCGCAUUCACAAUGGGAUGGUUUGCCUGGCCGGUGUUUGUUACCGGAGAUUAUCCGGAAAUAAUGAGAUCUGCCGUAGACGCUCAGAGUGAAAAGCUAAAAUACAGCGGUCCGCCGAGGCUGCCGACUUUCUCAGAGGACGAACCCGCCAUUUUGGGAACGGCUGAUUUCUUUGCUUUGAACUACUAUACGUCCCGCAAAGUCGAAUCAGGAGGAGGCCGUGGAGAGGGGUUGUGUAUGAAGAGUGACCGGGACGCGGAAGAAGUUUUGGAUCCAUCUUGGCCCGUUUGUGGCGUGUCCUGGCUGGCUGUGGUGCCCCACGGCUUAAGGAAACUCCUAAAGUACAUUAAGGACACUUUCAACAACCCGGCAGUCUACGUUACGGAGAAUGGCUUUUCUCAGGUGGGGCCGCCGCAGAUUGAAGAUGUCCAGCGUUGUGAGUUUUACAAGGACACCAUCUUGGAAGUGGCCAUAGAAGAAGAUGGGGUGGACGUGCGUGGAUACUUUGCGUGGUCGCUGAUGGACAACUUCGAAUGGGCCGACGGAUUCAGCGUUCGUUUCGGACUGUUCCACGUGGACUUCUCUGACGCGAAGCUGACACGCACCGUGUACCGGUCUGGAAGGGAAUACGCAAAGAUAAUCUCCCGAUACAAAUCUGCUCCAUGCAAAGGAGAGCAGCUGGCUAUACGUGACUGAUGGAAGAAAAAAAAGAAAAAAGAAGAAAGUCGAUCUUUCUCAUGCAUUAAUAAUAAACCAGCAAUUGAUAACA